AUGUCUGUAUCCUACAAAAAAGAAGCAGAUGAAACUCUCACCGUCAACGCCUGGCUUGAGCAUUCCUGGAACGAUUAUCGACUGCGAUGGAACAUGGCGGACUAUGGAAACAUCAGUGUGCUCCGUCUCCGGCCGGAUAUGCUAUGGCUGCCCGAAAUUGUUCUGGAGAACAACAACGACGGAAACUUCAAGAUCACGUACCUUGCCAAUAUACUGGUGGAGUCUAACGGAGACAUCCAAUGGGUGCCUCCUUCCAUUUUCCGCACUGCCUGUCCUAUCAAUGUCAAUUACUUCCCCUUUGACUGGCAGAAUUGUUCCCUGAAGUUCUGCUCCCUGAGGUACAACGCCAAUGAGAUCGACCUGCAGCUCUUGCAAAAAAGAGAUAACGACACCGAGCCCUUGUAUUGGGUGGAAUGGAUCAUCAUCGACCCAGCAAGUUUCACAGAAAAUGGCGAAUGGGAGAUUAUUCACCGACCGGCUCGCAAAAACAUCGAUCCGCUUGUCCCUCGAGACAGCAACAAAUACCAGGACAUCACCUUCUACCUUAUCAUUAAGCGCAAACCUCUCUUUUACAUCAUCAACAUAGUCACUCCCUGCAUCCUCAUCGCCUUCAUGAUCAUCCUCGUCUUCUACUUGCCGGCUGACAGUGGGGAGAAGAUGACUUUGGCUAUCUCCAUCCUCUUGGCUCAGUCGGUCUUUCUGCUGCUGAUUUCUCAGCGCCUCCCGGCCACCUCCUUCGCCAUUCCACUCAUUGGCAAGUACCUGCUCUUUCAUAUGAUUCUGGUGACUGCAGUGGUGGUGGCAUGCACCGUGGAGCUCAACAUUCAUUUUCGGACCCCCAGCAUCCACAUCUUGUCUGAAUGGACAAAAGAGCUCUUCCUUGACACCCUUCCUCGCCUCCUGCACAUGUCCAAGCCAGCGGAGAGCGACUUCACGCCGCAGGAUGGCUUGCUGAUCCGGCGCUCUAGCUCCGUUGGUUACAUCGUCAAAGCGGAGGAAUAUUUCACCAUUAAAUCCCGCAGCGAGCUCAUGUUUGAGAAGCAGUCGGAGAGGCAUGGCUUAACUAGCCGGAUUACCCCUGCACGACCAAGCCCCCCCAGGGCAGGCGAUUUGCAGGACCAGCUGUACAACGAGAUUAAGCCAGCCAUUGCUGGAGCCAACUUCAUCGUGAAACAUAUGCAGGAAAAGAACAAGUACAACGAGGAAAAGGACAACUGGAAUCGCGUGGCUCGGACCGUGGACCGCCUCUGUCUCUUCUUGGUCACUCCCAUUCUGAUCCUUGGGACCUUAUGGAUCUUCUUGGUGGGAAUCUUCAAUCACCCUCCCCACCUCCCCUUUGAGGGUGACCCUUAUAACUACAGCAACUAUACCCCACGAUUUAUUGAAGGGUAACAAUAAUAAGGAUAUAAUAAAUAAUACUAGAAUAUGAUAUACUGGUAUACUAGAUUCUGUAACCAUUAGCUUCCUGUAAUGCAUAUAUGCCUUUGUAUUUGUAUUCACAUAUAUUAUGCCUUUAUAUUUGUAUCUCCUGUAACGAACAUAUUCUGUUAUUAGGCCUGUGUAAUGUCUCUGCUAUUUGUCAAUUGUAUGUUCCUGCCAUUUGACCUGAACCCAUAUCAAUCUCCUUCCUGUUUUUUCUUGUGCCGUCUAAGAGCACGGUAGGUAUCUCAGUUGGAACUGGAGACAUCAUCCGAGGGAUAAUUUACACUUCAGCUCUAAUUUACACCUUUGAUCUGUAUAAGCUCCUUCCUUGCAGAACCAGGGGGCCAAAUGAGCAAUUGGGAGAACAAAGGAACGCUCAAGAAAAAAGAUAACGCUAAUUGGGAGGCUUCUACACAAAUACACAAACCUAACCUAGGAGGCCAGAAUUUGGGUACUAAGCUGAUGUCUCUGAGGGUAUAAAAAGGACGCCAGACCUUCCCCAAGGUGUGGCUAUCUCCUCACAUGCAAUUGUAUCUGUAUGUUCUUGGUAUAGUCUCACCAGGGGUGAAAUGCUCCCAGUUCGGACCGGAUCGCCCGAUCCGGUAACGAUGGCGGCGGGUGGUUCGGAGAACCGGUAGCAAAAAUCCC